AUGGAUCAUUAUCUCACCACCUACAGAAAAGAUUAUUUGUGGCCGAACUUACCUCAUGUGGGUGGCGAUGGGGAAACCUCAGGCCUAGCUGACACACCAAAACUGUCUGGUCAAGAAUUAGCGUUCUACCAAGCAUGCAUGCAGCAUACGAGGCCGCCCGACUGCCGAUGCCCGCAGUACUCUGGAGGGGAGAUGCCGCAACUGCCGCCUGGGAAGGAGGGCGGCUGGAGUCGGAAUGAGAUAAUGGGUCCUCUCCUAGAUCCAAAACUGUAUCCCGUGCGAGUCGCUGCGAGUCCUGAAACUCCAACAUCUCGCUACGAUCAGCCCAAUGCAUUUUUAGAUAAGCUUCAAUCGAAAUACCCAAUGCUGUACAGCAUCCUCCAGAACGAAGCGUCUCCGGAGCUCAAGCAAAGGAUCGACAGAGAUCGAAACAAGACCACUUACAGGGUAGAUUACUGCGAAACAGGUAAACUGUAA